AUGUCGUAUUAUGAUCCUUACCAAGGAAUGGGGCAGCAGUAUAUUGGACAACAAUAUUACCCCCAGUAUUACUCGCAACAAAACUUUAACGAGCACGAUGCUUUCCAAUUUGGUGAAAAAACGGCAAAUGGAUCAAAGAGAAAUUAUUCCAGUUUUCCGGUAGAGAAUGUUUCCCAAAUGAUUGAUUUGGAUUUUUAUAAUGGGAAGGAAUUUGAUAAUGGUGGUGCUGGUGCUGGUGCUGGUGGUGUUGGUGGUGUUGGUGGUGUUGGUGGCAACGUGGGUCCCACUGGUGGAGUUGGUGGUGGCGAGGUUGGUGGAGCUUCUUUUUAUUCCAAUGACAUCAAUAUUUAUGGACAAGCCAAUAAUGGAAUUGAUGCUCCUGUAAUUGGCACUACCAUUGGUGGUGAGUUCUAUACCGAAGAUGGAUCGUUUGCCAACGGUAAUAAUAUGAUGCAAAAUGGACUCCUAAAUUACGCAAAUUCAUCUAUAGAUUAUGACAAUGGAAUGAACAGCUUGGGGUUUGCUCAACAACUGCUACUCCAGCAGCACCAACAACAACAACAGCAGCAGCAACAGCAACAACAACAACAACAACAACAACAACAACAGCAGCAGCAGCAGCAGCAGCACUUUCAACAACAACAACAGCAGCAACAGCAACAGCAGCAGCAGCAGCACUUUCAACAACAGCCCGAUGUCUUUCCAUCUACCAAUACCGCCCACGAGGUAAAUAUUGGAACAUCCGCUGCCGCGCCUUCUAGAACUGUGUACUUGGGCAAUAUUCCAUCAGACAUCCAGCCAAAUGAAUUAUUGGAUUACGUACGUUCAGGAAUUUUAGAAAAUGUCAAGAUUUUACCUUCGAAGAAUUGCGCAUUCAUUUCAUUUGUUGAUCACCAACUGGCUUUAUUGUUCCAUUCAGACUGCAUUUUGAAAAAACUAAAUAUUAGAGGUCAUGAUAUAAGAAUCGGCUGGGGUAAGAAUACUUCGAUUUUACCUGCUGUUAUGGAAGCUAUUCAGCGCGAUGGUGCCACAAGAAACGUUUACUUGCGUAAUUUGAAUAAUCCAAUUACAGGGGAGAUAAUCACUGAAGAAGAGUUGAGAGAUGAUUUGUCAUGUUAUGGUAUAAUAGAUUCUGUAAAGAUUAUUCCUGAAAAGGGAAUUGCAUUUAUUCAUUUCCUUAGUAUUUUAAGUGCUAUUAGAUGUGUUGCCAAUCUACCACUUAAAGAAAAGUAUUUGGAUAAAAAAUGCUUUUACGGAAAAGAUAGGUGUGCAUUUAUCACCAAGACUCAACAACACAAUGCAGCUCAAUAUUUAGGAUUAGCACCAGGUAUGGAGCAUAUUGUGACUGCAGCUGAUCGUGAGUUCAUAUCAAGUGCCUUGGUUCAACAAUCUGCUGCAGCUGCUCAAAUAGCAACACAAGCAGGUGGUGCUAACAAUUUGGGGAACCGGACUGUUUAUUUGGGUAAUUUACAUCAAGAUUCUUCAGUUGAAGAGAUUUGCAAUGUUGUUCGUGGUGGAUUAUUACAAAGUAUUAGAUUUCUUAAAGAGCGUCAUGUUUGUUUUAUUACAUUCAUUGACCCCAUUACCGCGGCUCAAUUCUAUGCCAUGUGUCAACUACAUGGAUUGACAAUUCAUAACCGUAGAAUUAAAGUUGGUUGGGGUAAACAUUCCGGUCCAUUGAGUAAUGCAUUAAGUUUGGCUGUUUCUAAUGGCGCUUCAAGAAACAUAUACAUUGGUAAUUUGAACAAUGAUUUUGAAUUGUAUAAUCCGCAGAAACUAAGAGCCGAUUUUUCCAAGUUUGGUGAAAUUGAACAGAUUAAUUACUUGGAAGAAAAGAAUUGUGCAUUUAUUAAUUUUGUUAAUAUCGCCAAUGCAAUAAAGGCAAUUGAUGGAAUCAAAUCGUUUCCUGAUUAUAAGAACUUGAAAAUCAAUUUCGGUAAGGAUAGAUGUGGCAAUUUACCUAGACAGUUUCAGCACCAAAAUCAAAAUCACAAUCACAAUCAUAACCACAAUCAUAAUCGUAGUCAUAGCCAAAAUCAAAAUGAAAACUAUAAUCACAACCAUGUACAUAGUCAAAGUCAAAGUGAAAAUCAGUGCCAUGUACCUGGUCAAAGUCAAGAAGAAGCACAAAGUCAAAAACCAGAUCAUCUCCAAAGCCAAAAUCUGGGACACGGUGAACAACAUUCUUCUGUUGGAGGUGCAUUGGGAAUUUUAGAUGAUCAGUCACAACACGCCAUGAGUCCUUUUUCUGAGGAAGACGAUAGACAUACUCCUUUAUCUCGAAACCAACAAGAGCAAGAACAACAACAAGAGCAACAACAAGAGGAGAAAAAGCAAAAGCAAGAAGAAGAAGAAGAGCAGCAGCAGCAGCAGCAGGAAGAACAGUCAUUGCCAGAUUUAGAAAGGCUUGAAAUUCAAACUAAUGGCCAUUAA